GAGAAGACGGCGCGCAGAAGGCAACGCAUCCCACUCGGACGCAUGGCCAGGAGGCGCCAGCAGUUACAGCGCAUGCAGAAGCCGCGGCCCCGUAAGCAGCAGAAGAAGAAGGAUAAAAGGAACAAGAAUGACGCGGAUCGAGCCGCUGAGGGUACUGCAGCGACGGGGAAAGAGA